GAAUUCUUCGCGUCACUUGAUAUAGCUCUUUUAAUUAAACGUUUUUGCAUUUCAAAUCGGGCGUUAUCACUUAUACCUAAAGGUCGACUGUGUAAUCGAUAAGCCAGUCGUAAAACAACACAGUAACAUUAAGUUCUUAAGAGUCUGUUAGGUAUAUAAUUUUGUUAUACUUACAAGACAAAAGAGUUAUCUUUGUCAUCUGCUGUGGAAUCAUGACUUUAGGUAAAAUCACUGACUUGAUAAAACAUACAGAAAAGUUUUCCUAUUCUUUCGAAGUAACUCCCGAUGUGACGAUUGAAGAUAUAAACAACCUGAAUGUGGAACCAGUGUUUUUCUCAGUGACAUGGCACGCCAAAAGUCACAAGUGCGAAAACUUAGAAAUAGCACCUUUAUCGAUGGCUAAAUUUUUAAGAAGCAAACAACAUCAUGUGCUAUUGCACUUGACUUGUGAUAUGUUGAAAAAGGAUUACUUGGACCAAGUGCUGGCGUUACUACAGGAGCAGAACAUUUGCAACCUGCUUGUUAUGUUAGGAGAACAAUAUGACGCCGCUACUUCGGAUUUUAAAAGCGCCCGAGAAUUAGUAGCCUACAUAAGGAAGAGUACAGGAAAUUAUUUUUGCAUAGGUGUGGCUGGAUCUCCCGAUCAAACCGGAGAGAAACUAUUAAACCUCAAAGAAAAAAUAGACAGUGGAGCAGAUUUCAUACUUACACAGGCAUUCUUUGAGAAAGAAGUUUUUAAUAACUUUGCAAAAAUUUGCAAAGAGAUCGGAAUCACAGUACCCAUAAUACCGGGUGUGUUCCUGUUCGAAAAUUUAAAACAACUGAAUGGCUUCAUUAAUCUUUGCAAGGUAAAAGUUUCCCAAGACUUACUGGGACAGGUAAAAAACAAAGAAGAAUCGAGUAUAACGGGACAAGAAAUUGUAAAGACGUUACUUCAAGACUUGAUUGCGGAUAACGAAAUAAAACAUUUUCAUUUCUUUACUUUGAACAAGUUGGAUAUUGUGUCCGAUUUCGUUAAGGAAUUUUAAUGCCUUUAAUAAAUGUAUCUACGUACCUAGUUAAUUUAGUACCCAUGGGGCCCAUUUCUCGAACGGUAUUAGACUGAUACUUGCUAAUAAUAUUCGUCCACGAACUGUCAAGUCGUAGUGGUUACCAUGGUAACACACUAAUAGCGCUAAUCUCGGUCGUCAUCGUCAUUUGACUUUGAUCCUUAUUAUUUCACUGAUAGGCAUUAAUAUUUAACAAAAUAUUAAUAUUAACGCCAUCCAGGUACUCGACAGUCGACACUAGGCUAGGACUAGGCCAAAGGUAUGGUGCAAUCUUUUCGAGCGAUGGCGCCAUAACCUUCAGCCACAGAAUAAAUAAUAGUA